GUGGAAUAGAUAAAAGUGAGAGUACUGCAAGGAGAGGGCAUUUGAACAAGAAUCGUCGAAAAACAGAACAGAACUUCGUUCAGGACCAUGGAAAGCUCAACACUGUGGACGAUAACCCUGGUUGUGCUGUUGUCUGUCGUUAGUGGGGCUGAAAUUGACGAUUCGGAAUUGAAUUUGAAUUUAGAUACAAGAGCCUUAACGGACUUCUACCCUAAUGAUCCUAACCUGACCAACGAAAAACAGCUCCUUGGUGCUCUCCAAGAAGUUCUGGAAAAACUGCAGAGUAAAAGAAUUUCGCCAUGGGAAAAGAAAUUUGGUCAGGUUCCUACGUGCGACGUAGGGGAGCAAUGCGCGGUGAGAAAAGGAUCUCGAAUCGGCAAGAUGUGCGACUGUCCACGCGGGGCGUUUUGCAACUUUUUUCUGCUCAAAUGCCUGUGAAAAAUAUUGAUUUGAAAAGUAUCGUACUUUACGGUCGGGUGUAAUAGAAAUGGAUUUACCAUACAUUCAAAGUAUACAAAUAUUAUUUGCAUAAUUUUGUAACAGAACAAUAAUACUCUAUUGUCUAAUACGCGCCAUUCUAUUGAAGGAAUGGCGCGUUUGAUAGCGAUGGGGUAUUAGAUGACAAGAACUCACGAAUAUUAUUGAAAUACUUUACUGUCAGCUGUAAGUAAAAUGUAUGACUAUUAAAAUAUGUCAUAUCUUGUUUUGUAAA